AUGUGGCCGAUGAUUGAGCCUCCGAAGGACAAAAUUUACGGGCCGCCAGAGCACCUUAUAAUGUGCACGCCCAAGACACAUGUGCUCGAGCCGGAUGACAUGAACCUCCCCCCGCUGAGAUUGGGCCCAAAGAUUCAGUUGCGGAUUCCGGCAGAGACAUGUGGCGACUCGAUUGUAGAGUCUCCGUCAAAACCGUCGAAAGUUGUGCGGCAAACUCUUUCAAUGCCAUUUCCUGAGCAGUUUGGCAUUAUAAGUCCACUGCUCUCUUCUGAUGAUGACACGCUAAGCGACAGCAGCAUGAUCUCACCGGUCAGCGAGACCAGCUCAGUGGCAUCAUGCUCGCCAGAAAUCUCGAAAAAACUACUGCCCAGAAACUUUUUGGAUAGAGAAGAUGAACCUGGGCUCCUACCAACGUCUGUAGCAGAAGAGGGCGAAGAGGACGAUGGGGACUUGUCUUUGAACCUGCUAUUCCGGAAUGAGUCUGCAGCGCAAGAUGCGGGCAAGGUCGAGGACAAGGUGACAGAUUCUGACCUGAGAGAGGAUGUAUGGCCCCUGCAGCCGACAGAAGCAGAACAGUCCCCUAACCCACUAUCGAGAAAGCGUUCUUUCACUGGCUUGUGCGGGGAAGACAGCUGGAAGAGGGUCUGCCAGCCUAAGCACUGCCAACUACAACCAACAAAGUCUUCAUUGAAGUUGCAGCCUCAUAGAUUGAAUUUUCUGAUGGAUAGUUCCAAUGGGAACGUCAAAGACGCCACAAUAUUUGCGACAGAGAUCAAUUCAUGCAACGCUUAUGGGGUUCCCUUCCCGGCGUCUGUUUUGGAGAGAGUAACGAUUCCUGUAAAUACUCACGUCAAAGAACAUUACAAAAAUGAGCGUGGAGAGUACCUAGGUGGUUACUAUGAUGAUGACGAAGACGAAAAAACCGAGGGUGACCAGAAAACAGCAGUCGCAAAUGAUAGUGCGGGUGAUUCUGCAAUUAUCAGGGCCUACGCAUUCGAACGUCUGGUAACGUUCAAAGAGGAGGCACCCACGGGCCUGGAUGCACAAUCUGGAAAGACUGCAGACCUGACUUUAGACAGCCCAUAUAGAAGCAGUGGUUGUGGAGCAGCCAAGACGAUUAGAUGGGCACCUAGUGUAACAUGGUGA